AUGCCGCUGCGAGUGUCGCUGAAGAAGCACUUUUUCUCGCGCUCUGAGCGCGUGAAGGCCGUCGACUUCCACCCGACGGAGCCCUUCCUCCUCUCGGCGCUCUACGAUGGAAGGCUGCAAAUUCAUGACUACACAACGCACGCGCUGGUGAAGGAAAUCGAUGCGUCGCCGCUGCCACUCAGGACUGCCAAGUUCAUCGUCAAGCGCCAAUGGAUGAUCUGUGGAGGCGACGACUGCGCGUUGCGCGUGUUCAACAUCCACACGCUGGAGAAAGUCAAGGAGAUUUCGAAUGCCCACGGAGAUUACAUUCGCCACGUCUCUGUCCACAGCUCCAAGCCGCUCGUUCUCUCCUCCUCCGAUGAUAUGACUAUCAAGCUGUGGAACUAUGAGAAGAACUGGCAGCGCAUGGCGUCGUACGAGCAGCAUAGUCACUACGUGAUGCAGACGCAGUGGCACCCGCGCGACCCGAAUCUCUUCGCUUCCUGCUCACUUGACCGCACCAUCAAGGUCUGGGGCCUGCAGGCGCGGAGCGCCUCGCCCGCGUCCACCGGCUCUGUGGCAGUCGUCAGCGCGCCGCACUUCACGCUCACGGGGCACGAGCGCGGUGUCAACUGCAUCGAGUACUCCAAGAGCGGAGAACGCCCCUACAUCGUCUCCGGAAGUGACGAUUGCACCGUCCGCGUCUGGGACUACCAGACCAAACAGUGUAUUCAAGUGUUGACGGGGCACUCUCGCAACGUGUGCGCAGUUACCUUCACGGCGCUCGCAGGGCACGUUCUGCCGCUUCUCUUCUCCGCAGGCGAAGACGCGCAGCUCUUUGUGUGGCAUGCACUCACCUACAAGAAGGAGCUUUCGCUCGACUUGAACGUCGAGAGAAUUUGGUCACUCUCGCUCCUCGACUCUUCUGGGACCUCAGCCUCUGCGGGCGCUGGCGGCGGGCCUGCGGCUGGCGGGCCUUCUCCCGGCGCUGCGGCUGGCGUCGGGGGCUCCGGCGGCCUCGGAGGACUCGUUCUCGCUAUCGGGAGCGACUCAGGCACACUCGUCCUCAAGAUGGGGAAGGAACAGCCGGUGGCUUCGCUGCACAGCGGCAAGGCGGUCGUGGCGCGCGGCUUCGAGGUGCUCCAAGUGAAUCUCCGCCUGCUGGAGGACCAGCAGUACCAGGAUGGAGAGCGUCUUCCCGUGGCGUACAAGGAGCUGGGCCAGUGCGAGAUUUUCCCGCAGAACAUUAGUCACCAUCCCAACGGGCGCUUCAUCGCCGUCUGCGGAGACGGCGAGUACGUGAUCUACACUGCGCAGGCGCUGAGAAAUAAGACCUUUGGCAAGUGCGUGGACUUUGUCUGGUCGGCGGAGGGUCACUACGCGAUCCGCGAGGAGAGCAACCGCAUCCGCAUCUACACUAACUUCGCAGAGACGUUCAACUUCGCGCCGCCCUUCGCAGUUGAAACUCUGUGGGGCGGCGCUCUGCUCGCGCUGAAGGCCGGCGACGACUCCUUCGUCUGUUUCUACGACUGGGAGGCGGGAAGGCUGAUUCGCCGCAUCGACGUGCUGGGCGUGCAACAGGUUCACUGGAGUCCGAGCGGCUUUUUCGUCGCGCUCUUCACCCCCGACAAGAUUUACGUUCUGCGGCACGACAAGUUCGCGGUUAUGGCCGCGAACGCCGCCCAGGCCCGCGAGGAGGAGGGCGGCAUCGAAAUCGCCUUCGAGCUCGUCGAUCAGAUCUCAGAGACUGCCUUGAGUGGCCUCUGGGUCAGCGAGUGCCUGGUGUACACGACGCCGCAGGGCCGCGUGAAGUGCUGGUGUGGCAGCCAAGUGGAGACUCUGCACCACAACGCGGGCGGGCGUUCCGCGUUUCUGCUGGGCUACGUACCCGAGCAGAAUCGUCUCUACUUCAUCGACCGCGACCUCGGCCUCAGCGCGUGCGGCUUGCACGUUUCCUUCAUCGAGUACAAGGUCGCCAUUGCUCGUAACGACAUCCAGGCCGCCCAGGAGUUCCUUCCGCGCAUCCCCGUCGAGCUCCACGACCGCGCGGCGCGCUUCCUCUUCUCGAGAGGGUACGCAGAGGAUGCCCUCAAGCUCGCCCGCGACGAGCAACUCCGCUUUGACGUCGCCCUUUCGCUAGGAAACCUGGCGAUGUGUGCGGAUCUCGUCCGCGCCAGCAGCAAGACAGUAGUCGAGCAGGGGGUCCUCGUAGCUCGCUGGAAGCGCCUCGGCGACGUCGCCCUCGAGACGGGAAAUCUGCAACUCGCGGCGACUUGCUUCCAUGAAUGCCACGACUACCACUCGCUCCUGCUGCUCUACUCGGCGAGCGGCGACGCCGGCAGACUCCUCGACGUCGCCUCCGCCGCCGUCGCGGCGAAGAACUUCACCGUGGCUUUUCUAGCCUACGCGCUCACGCAGAGACUGGACGCCUGCGUAGAUGUCCUAUGCGCGUCUGAGCGCUUCCCCGAGGCGGCCUUCUUCGCGCGCAGCUACGCGCCGAGCCGCGCUAGCGACUGCGUGCAAAAGUGGCGAGAGUCGCUUAUGAAGAAGCAGAGCAGGCGCGAGAAGAAAGACGUGCAGAAGGACUGUGAACAGGGAGGUGACGGAUACGCAAGCAAGAGGAGUCCUGCAGAUCCCGCGCAGCAGCCUGAAAAGUUCGAAGGCCUCGAGGACGCAGUGGAGGCAGAGAAGGUGCUGCGCGAGCGGUACGCGCGGGUCACGCCUGCGGCGGCCUUCCCCUCCAUGCGACGCUUCCUCGACUACGACAUCGUGCAGCAGAUCAAUCAAGAAGGCCUGCAGAAGGUUCGGAGCGACUUGUUUUCGGCCUCGCUGGACGACCUGCUCGAUGGCGCGGCCUCAGAGCACGUCGAGGCUCCAUCCGAUCUCCUCGACGCGGCGCCCUCCGCCGACGGCGAGACGGUUCCGCCAGGCAAAGAGCUCCCUGUCAACGGCACGACCCCAACGGAAGCAUACGUCCCUGCGUUCGACCCGUCGUCGACGGGCGUCCCGGUCGAGCUCCACCGUGUGCCGCAUAGUUUUGACGCAGGUGGCGCGUUGACCUCGGCUGCGUCGCCUUCGCUGCACGUCGCGGGCGCGUCGGAACUGCCGACCGGCCAGGGCUCAGCGUCUGCCUACAGCUAUCUGGAGCCGUCUGGGUUCGGCGUCGGCGUCCCGCUCGCCGCCGAGUCGCUCCCCGUGGGCGGCCUCGCGCCCAGCAUCAACCGCGCAGGGGCCCGCGCGAGCGCCAACGGCGCCCAGGGGGAGGUGCCGGCGGGCUCGUCGAGUGCAGCCUACUCCCCCGACGUGCGCAGCACUGUGACAGAGCCGAGUGCGUACACGGGCGCGUCGAGCUUGGAAGGUUUGAGCGCGGGCGGAGGCGCGGGCGCGUGGUCUGCGGGCUGCGGCGAAGGGGAUUUCGUGUUGGCGCCCAGCGGCGCCCCGGAGGUGUCGGGGGACGCGCGGACAGACGCGUACGCAGGAACAGAGCCGACGCGAGCGCACUUUGCCGGGAUGGACAAGAGGCUGGAUCUCCACGGGGCUGACCAAGGAGAGGCCCGGAGCGCCGCCUCCGGAUUCCACUUCCCCGAACGCAAGGAGCACCAGAGCGAAUUGGGUGGUCGCGCGCCGUCGCCGCACGCAGCCGAGCAGCUCGCCGACGAGGCUCCGCCGGCACCUUCCGCAGGCGUCCACGGCUUUGGAGGCGUCGGCGCCGUGACCUACGGCGCGCCUUACGGCGGCUGUGAGGGCGACGCCCGCGGCGCAGGGGGCGCGGCCGCCGCGUUGGGCCACUAUGCGUAUGCGCCGGCGUCCCCGAAACUGGCGGGUGCGGUGGGCGAGCCGCACGCCCUGGAGCCGCGCUUUGACCUUCAACCCGACGCGGGUGCGCAGUUCCUGCAGGACGAGUUCGUUGACGUCGCAGACUCUGUCGAGCCGCACAGGGCGCCGGCCGGGGGGGGCAGCGACAUCUCCUUCUCUGAUAUCGAGGCCUGA